AUGUCAGAAUAUAUUUUGGACAUGUUCCCCGUUGAUAUAUCAAAAGUUUACGUAUUCACGUCAGUUUCACUUUUUUGUGGUGCUGUGUACUUUUCAGCCAAAUUGAACAAAACCUUCCAUUCAAUAUUGGUCUUUUGUUGGGCCUGCUUUGUUAAACCGUUUUUACACAAAAAAUCUGGCGGUGGUAGUAAAAAUCAACAACACAACUUGGAGUUAUUCUACAAAAAUCAAGCUCAUAUUUAUGAUACCACAAGGGAGGUGUUAUUGAAAGGUAGAAAAGAAUGUCUUAGAUUAGCUAUUUCUCAUUUACCUAAAAAGAAAGACAUUGUCUGGAUUGACAUUGGUGGUGGUACUGGGUCAAACAUUGAGUUCAUGGAUAAUAUCUGUAAGAUUUCUGAAAACUUCAAAGCUGUUUACUUGGUUGAUCUUUCUCCUUCUUUAUGUGAAGUUGCUAGAAAAAGAUUUGAAGCUAAAGAAUGGACCAACGUUCAUGUUUUGGUUGCAGAUGCUUGUCAUUUCAACAUUGACUAUGAAUCUGCUGAUUUGAUUACCUUCUCUUAUUCAUUAUCCAUGAUUCCAACUUUCAAUGCUGCAAUUGAUAAUGCUGUUUCACUUUUGGAUAAGGAAGGGUUAAUUGCUACUGUUGAUUUUGGUAUUCAAAGCACUGAUACUUCCAUGGGAAGAAUCAACACUGUUGGUGGUUUAGGUAACAGACACAUUCCUUGGAUUUUGAGAAAUUUUUGGAGAAUAUGGUUUGAAGCUGACAGGGUAUUCUUGGAUUCGUCUAGAAGAAACUACUUGGAAUAUAAAUUUGGUACAAUUAAGUCAUUGAAUUGUUACAACAAAGUAUUGGGCAAAAUUCCAUAUUACAUCUGGAUUGGUUGUGAUAAAACUAAAUCACAUUCCAUUUUGGAGAGAUUAAACUGUUUGGCUACUGAAUCACCUUAUCUUGCCCCUUCCACUACUCCGAUUUCUGAGCAAAUUGGUGAUAUUCCAAUUUCCAAAGGUCAUGAGGCUGCAUUAACCAAUUUGCAGAAAAACUUGCCUUUCCCAUCCAUCUACUAUCAACAAGAACACUGGAGAGUUUACUAUGAUGAAUUGAACCCAUUAAAUGAACAAUUCAACAAUCAAUAUAUUUAUGCAUUCACUUGGGAAGACCCACGUGAGGAUCAUGAGCUUUUGAAUUUCAGUAGUGAUGAUACUGUUUUGGCUAUUACUUCUGCAGGUGAUAAUAUUUUAAGUUAUGCCAGUUUACCAGAUCCACCAAAAAGAAUCCAUGCUGUCGAUCUUAACCCAUGUCAGAAUCAUUUAUUGGAGUUGAAAUUGGCAAGUUUCAGAUGUCUUUCACAAGAACAAAUCUGGUCCAUGUUUGGUGAAGGUAAGAUUGAUAAUUUCAGAGAACUUUUAAUUGAUGUUUUGGCCCCACAUAUGUCAUCCAAUGCAUUCCAAUACUGGAUGGAUAAAGGACCGAGUGCAUUUUCUGGUAAAGGGUUAUAUGACACAGGAUUUUCAAGAUGGGCUUUGAGAAUUGCUAAAUAUGUUUUCAAAAUUUCUAGAGUUGGUAAAUAUGUUGAUGAACUUUGUUCUGCUCCAAACAUGACGGAACAAUUAAGAAUUUGGAAUGAAUAUUUGAAACCAACUUUGUUUAACCCAAUCGUUGGUUCAUUGUUAGUUGGUAAUCCAAUGUUUUUGUGGAAAGCUUUAGGUGUCCCGGCAAAUCAAGCCGCAUUAAUGGGUCCAUCGGUUAUCAAAUAUGUCAUUGACACUUUAGAUCCAAUAUUAAAAAGAUCUUUAAUCUCCACUGACAAUUAUUUCUAUUACUUGUGUAUGAAGGGAAGAUACUCCAAGAACAAUUGUCCAGAUUAUUUGACUACAAAAGGGUACAAUAGAUUAUCCGCUUCUGAUAGUACAGCUGCUUCAUCACCGAUCAACAACAUCAGAAUGCAUACUGAUACCUUGAAUGAGGUAUUUGGUAGAUUAAAUGGGAAAUCGAUCACCAUUGCAAUUCUUAUGGAUCACAUGGAUUGGUUUGAUCCACAUGGUAAAGAUGCAAUUAAUGAGAUUUCAGCACUUAAGAAAUGCCUUGCUCCAAAUGGUAGAGUUAUGUUAAGAUCAGCUGCUCCUAAUCCGUGGUAUAUGAAAACUUUUGAAUCAUUGGGAUUUAAAGUAGAGAAUAGUGUUGUUAGAAAACAUGGUGAGAGUAUUGAUAGAGUCAAUAUGUAUGCCAGUACCAUAGUUUUGAGAUAUGUUGGUUCACAGGAAGAUAAUGAACCAAUUAUUGAUGGCAGAAGAAGAAUGAGCAGUUUAAGGAUUUAG